GGCCAGACGAGACAGACGUUCAUUCGGCAAGCCACAAGUCAACGAGAUAAAACAAGCAUUUGUUAACCGAGGUCAAUCAUCCGGAUUUUGUAAACGUUACCAGCCAUGAACUUGAUUCAAUUUGCCAUGUGAACACACUGAACAUACGCUUUUUCAAGCACGCAAUCUGAUGUUAUUGCAUAAGCCUCAGUACAUUUUUGGCUAGUCCUUCGCGAAGAUCGCAAUCAUGGUCAAAGGACGAAAGUGGAUCUUAAAGACACAUUUUCAAGGCUGCCCGAAAGAAAGCGAUUUCGAAUUGGUCGAAGAGCUCCUUCCACCCUUAGAAGAUGGCGAGAUCUUAUUCAAAUCCGAGUUCAUUUCCGUGGAUCCCUACCAAAGACUCUUCUCUACUCACCUUCGGCCUCCGACAACCAUGAUUGGUAGUCAGGUGGCCAAAGUACUGGAGAGCCGUGAUCCCCAAUUCCCUGUGGGAUCGAGGAUCGUUUUGUACGCGGGUUGGGUCGAGACUGGAGUCACCAAUCCGUCCAAGUCGAGUGAGGACAUGUUUGGCCUGAAUCAAGUCGUUCUGGCCCCACCCAUCAGCGCGGAACUCUCGCCAUCGAUUCUAUUGGGCGUGUGUGGAAUGCCCGGAGUCACGGCCUACUUUGGCCUUUUGGAGCGAUGUGGCCCCCGAAAAGGAGAAACGGUUUUGGUCAAUAGUGCGGCGGGUGCGGUGGGUAAUGUGGUGGGACAAAUUGCGAAGAUCAAAGGCUGUCAAGUUAUUGGGGUGGCUGGAUCUGGUUCCAAAUUGGAGUGGUUGAGAAACGAGUUGGGAUUUGACCAUGCGAUUAGUUACAAAGAGGGAUCGCUUCAUCAGCAAUUGGCUGAGGUUGCUCCAGAGGGCAUUGAUUGCUUCUUUGAUAAUGUGGGAGGCCAAGACUCCUCCACUAUUUUGUGCCACAUGAACUCGGGUGGACGAAUUGCUGUUUGUGGAUCAAUCGCUGGGUACAAUCUGUCUCGGGUUCCUAUGGCCGAGGCGGUCCAAAAAAUGAUGGUUUUCAAGGAGUUGGAAAUGAGAGGCUUUCAAGCUUCAACUUUCAGUGAUCAGUGGAAUGGUGCCAUUAUGGAAAUGGCCCAAUGGGUUCAAGAGGGAAAACUUAAGGCCAAGGAAGUGGUGCUCAAUGGAUUCGAAAAAGUUCCACAAGCCCUUCGGGAGCUCUUCGAAGGCAAACAUAUGGGCAAAAUCGUGGUGAAAAUCUGAGUCCAAGCAAUAAUCAACAACCUUGGCUAACUGCAUUCGUCAUUUAAGAGGUGGUCACAAAAACACCUGUCAAGGGCAAAAGACAUGCAAUCAAGAUCAGGGUCUCUUUGUUUCGUGCCAUAAAUACAUAUUUAUUAGGGUCAAAUUCCCACCAGCAA